GAUAGUGUUAAUAGUCAUGAUGAUGAUUAAAUAAACAUGAAUGUGCAUAGUGUGCACCAUACACUAGAAAAAUAAAUAGGUCAUAUUAUUGAUGAUGACAAAUAUAUUAUAUAGAUCAUGAUGGAGAUAAGUGAAUUCUUACCAAUUAAGAAAUCUCAGCUUAUACAAAUUACAGUUUAUGAAAAAGAUGAUUUUACAAAUGACGAAAUAUGUAAUAAUCAUAUUACAGAUUGUGGAUUUAAUUUGGAAAAAAGUUAUUAUUAUGUUUUGAAAACUAUGAGGCAUCAACAUCGAUGUAAAGCUGGUACCAGUAUUAAUAAUAUUAAUGUUAAUGGGUUCGAAAGUGAUUAUGACAGCGUUGAUCCGAUGACCAAUCUAUAUCUUGAUAAAUUAUUCAACUUAACGAAUCAUUCUUAUCAUGAUUUCGAUCAUACGACUACUUUAACCAUUGAUCGAAAUGAACUAUUUGAAAAAAUUGAUAACAAUGAAUCUGACAAUGAGGAGAGGUUCAGUGAUUCCACAUAUGACAGUCUAGACUAUUCUGAAAGCUUAACAGAUGACAAUGACGACUACAAUCCAACUGUUUACAAAAUCACCAGAAAAUUCAAACAUGUAAGAUUUUAUCAUAGACUAGUUGAUAAUAAUCCUUUCGACAUUCAUAACCAGACGAAUGAACACGAAAUUACUGACGACUAUGAUUAUGAAGCAAAAUGGUAUGAAUACGAAAGAGAUAGAUUGGAUAGUGAUGAUGAAAUUAUCGAAGAAGAUAUUUAUGAAGUGGGUUCUCAUGAAGAAGAACAAUAUAAACAUGAUUAUGAAGCUUAUAGUAAACUACAGAACAAAGAAAUUCUCUAUAUAAGCGAUGAAUUCGAUGUCUGUGAAGACGAUAAUGAAUAACACAAUGUUAUUCUUAUAAAAGAAACUCAGAUGAAUAGUUAAUAAUCAGUUUUAUAUCUAACAAAUACAACUCGUAAGAAUCAACUUAUAUGUUUUUCUAAAUAACUAAUCAAGUAAAUCUUUGAAAUAAUUUGCAUAUAUACAUGUAUAUCUAUAAUAAACAAUCAUAAAUCUCGUUUUCUGUA